GUUCCCCUCAUCCUCAUCGUUCUCAUAGUGAUCAUCAUGAUGAUCUGAUCAUCCUCAUCAUUCAAACUUUCUCUAGACUUCUCAAGUUUUCGAUUAUAAAUCAAAGAAUUGCCCCAGCUCCAUCCCCAUAAGAAUUGUCUCAUCCCUACCCCCAUCUCCAUCAUAACUUCUACCUCCGUACAAGAUUUACAUUGGAAAGUAAAAAAUUACCUAAUUUGCAUCAUCUCUAUCUCCACCAUUCAAACUUUUCAUAAGCUUUUCAAGCUUCUUAAGCUUUGUAUUAGAAAUCAAAGAAUUACCCCGCCUCCAUCCCCACCAUCUAAACUUUCUAUAAUUUUCAAAGGACAGACGAACACUUCAUCAUAUCCAAAACCUUUAACCAUUCUCUUAUUUCUCGCAUCUCUCCAUUUUCAAAUCUUCUUUCAUUACCCCAUACACACACAUACAAAUUAUCAAUCAUGGCUUCCCCAACCCUUAAACUCAACUCCGGACAUGAGAUGCCACAAGUUGGUUUCGGCUUAUGGAAAGUCGGCAAUUCUACUUGCGCCGACAUAGUGUACAACGCCAUCAAAACCGGAUAUCGUCUAUUCGACGGUGCAUGCGGUAAAACCCCUCUCAUCCUAUUAUCUUACUCCCCCACAACCUUUCAACAAAACAAAACAAACGACUAACCAUUCCCUAGACUACGGCAACGAAGUCGAAGCCGGACAGGGCAUAGCACGUGCCAUCAAAGAAGGCCUCGUAAAACGCGAAGAAUUGUUCAUCGUCUCGAAACUCUCGAACCCCUUCCACGAACAAGAGCGCGUAGGACCCAUUGCGCGCAGACAGCUUGCCGAUUGGGGCCUCGAUUAUUUCGAUCUGUAUCUUAUGCAUUUCCCCAUUGCGCUGCGCUAUGUGGAUCCAUCGGUGCGUUAUCCUCCUGGAUGGCAGUACAGCGGCAAGGAAGGGGAUGUGCAGCAGAGUAAGGCAACUAUUCAAGAGACGUGGCAGGCGAUGGAGAAGCUGGUUGAUGAGGGGUUGGCGAAGAAUAUUGGUGUGAGCAAUUUCCAGGGCGCGUUGUUGAUGGAUUUGUUGAGGUAUGCGAGGAUUAGACCCGCGACCUUGCAGAUUGAACAUCAUCCGUAUUUGGUUCAGAAUACGUUAUUGAGGUUGGCCGAGAGUGAGGGUAUUGCGGUCACUGCUUAGUGAGUUUUUCUCUUCCUUUGGACUGCUUUGGACGUAACAGUAUACUGAUUUCGAUAUCCAGCUCAUCAUUCGGACCACAAUCAUUCAUCGAGCUAGGAUGGGAUCGCGCUCAAAAGACCCCUCCGCUCUUCGAGCACCCAGAUGUCCUAAAGAUUUCCGAGAGGACCAAGAAAACUCCCGCUCAAGUUUUGCUACGGUAUGUCCACUUCCCCAUUCGAGUAUCUCAUUUCCCUAUCCCCUAACCCAAAUACUAACCCUGUGCAGCUGGGCAACCCAACGCGGCCUUGCCGUCAUUCCCAAAUCCAACAACCAAGCCCGUCUGGAACAAAACUUACACGUCACCGAUUUCGAUAUGGAGAAGGAGGAUUUAGAUUCGCUUAGUAAAUUGGACCGAAAUUUGAGGUUUAACAACCCUACUGAUGUGAGUUAAAAUUCUUCCUUCGAACUCUAUGUUUGAACAUUUAGAUGUUCUAACGAAUAAUCUCUUAACUAACAAUUUACCCAUUAGUAUGUCAACACCUUACACAUUUUCGCAUAAGCAUGGGCUUAUAAAGAUGAUAGCGGUUGAGGAUAACCUUAGUUUUCUUAGUUUUACUACGUUUUCGUUUCGCUUUAUGGCUUGAGAUGAUACCUAGCUAGAUAUUCAACGUAAUAUUGAACAAAAACAAUUAUAACACCAGUACUAAGAAUUCUAGAAUCUACUCACGGCGCACC